AUGGCCAAGAUAAUAUCAACGAUUAAGGCCAUUCUCACGCGCAUCAUAUUCAGUGCUCACAGUUUGCUGGCCAUUUGGCAGGUCACAACAUUCAAAAAGGAUAUCUUCUAUUGGACACUAUGUGGACCACUUUUGCUGCUGCUGCUCGAGGGCAUCUUCACCAUUAUGAUCAAGAAGACGCAGGAGUGGCGCUGGUUCUGCCCCUCGGUCUUUCUCUACCUGAGCAGCAUUGUGCCGGCCAUUUGGCUGCUCGAACUGGACAAGAUUGAUCGACGACUGCUGUCGAUGAAUGCUUCUCUGGUCACCGCCAGUGGCAACGACAGCAGCAAUGCCAUCACCACCACCACCACACACAGCCCGACCAACAGCAGUGCCAUGGUACCAGUGGCUGAUUUGCUCGAUGAUGCCGGCAUCACUCUGCCCGUGAUCAGUCCCGACACUUGGACCACGCUCAUCGAACAGUUCCUCAUGCUCAUCCUGAUCGUGGGUCGUUGGCUGCUACCCAAAGGCGACUUAACACGGGAUCAGCUAAGUCAAUUGCUCUUGGUUUAUAUUGGCACCGCUGCGGAUAUUAUAGAAUUCUUUGACUCCUACAAAGAUGAUUCGAUAGCACGCAUUGAUUUUUUGGUCUACCUUACGCUUGGCAUUUGGUCCUGGAGUCUCAUGCAGUUUACGAUUGUGCUCUCUGCCACAAGGGGCAGGCGACCGCGAGGCAGUGGCUCUCACCAUAAGGAGGAGCACACAGACUGCUGUCAGAACUGCUGCUGCGGCAUUGAUGUUUGGGGUAUUGUGCUUAAUGUCAUAUUACAGGAUGCUCCCUUUCUCACCUUUCGCUUGCUGAUUAUAUUUCAAUACAAGAUCAUCAAUUAUAUGAAUGUCUUCUUCACCUGCAAGAACUCGUUGGUAAUCAUACUACAAUUGUAUCGCCUGUAUGUGGUAAAUGCUGAAUUCUGGAAGAAUCGCCGGGAGAGUCGCAUGGCCAAGGCUCGUCAAUAUCAGUCGCGUCGUCGAGUUCAUGAUGCGGAUCAGAACAGCAUUUAUAUGAUAUCCAACGAACGUGGCGGCGAUGUCAAAAAGAAGAUUAAGAAAGCCAAGGAUAGAGACAGAGAUUUUGUUGAGCCCGAAGCAAGCUACAGCAAAAAGAAGAAAGACAAAAAGGACAAAAAAAAGAGGAAGCGUAAGGAUACGGGCUACUCCACUGCCAGCUCACAGAAUCUAUACUCGACCAAGGCGGGUGGCAAGGACAAAAAGGGCAAGAAAUCCAAACGCAACUGCAGCAGCUCACCCAGCGACUGCGAUUUAAAUAAUGCCAAGAAACAGAAACGAGCCAAAAACGCUGAAAAGGCAGACAAAAAAAAAGCACGAAAAAUCGAGGCGGUUAUUGAAGAGUCGAGCACCUCGAGCAGCAGCAGCUCAGAGUCGAGCAACUCAACGCUGCCCAGUUACGAGGUUAUUGAUGAGAAGAAGUCGCGACGCCGCAAACAUGGCCAUAGCAGUGACUCCAGUUCCAGUGACAGCAGCUCGGAUUCCUCUUCAUCAUCCUCGUGAGCUGCAAAAAGCGGACAAUUGGAACUAACGGCAUUUUGUUGCGGACUCCGCUGAAUGUAACGUUAGGUUAACAAAAAUAUUUUUGUGACAGUCAAUCACAUGUUGGCUGAGACACUGGUCAAAGAAUCAAUUUCUUAUUGGCCAGCAGUCGUUUUUUUUGAGUGACCCACUGUGAGGUCAGAAAAUUUUGUAAACAUAAACAUAUAUUUUCAUAUGUUUGCGUAUUUGCU